AUGGACCCCGGCGCCGGCGCGCACUACUCCGCCCGUACCGCGGAGGAGGUCUUCCGCGACUUCCGCGGCCGCCGCGCGGGCAUGAUCAAGGCCCUCACCAACGACGUGGAGAAGUUCUACCAGCUGUGCGACCCCGAAAAGGAAAACUUGUGCCUUUAUGGCUACCCCAACGAAACAUGGGAAGUAACUUUGCCAGCAGAGGAAGUUCCUCCGGAGAUCCCUGAACCAGCUUUGGGUAUAAACUUUGCUAGGGAUGGCAUGAAUGAGAAGGAUUGGUUGGCGCUAGUUGCUGUCCACAGCGAUUCCUGGUUACUGGCAGUUGCAUUCUACUUUGCGGCCCGGUUUGGGUUUGACAAAGAGGCUAGGCGGCGACUCUUCAACAUGAUAAAUAACUUGCCCACGAUAUUUGAAGUAGUGACUGGGGUUGCCAAGAAACAAAACAAGGAGAAGGGCCCCAAUAGUACCAGCAAAAGCAACAAACCAAGUUCGAAAAUGACAUCAAGACCGGAGUCUCAUUCAAAGGCGACAAAAGUGGCAGUGCCCCCCAAGGAUGACGAUGAUGAGAGUGGUGAAGAAUAUGAAGAAGAGGAAGAGCGUGAUAACACCUUAUGUGGAUCCUGUGGAACAAAUGACGGCAAGGACGAAUUCUGGAUCUGUUGUGAUAGUUGUGAGCGGUGGUACCAUGGGAAGUGUGUCAAGAUCACGCCUGCACGAGCCGAGCACAUCAAGCACUACAAAUGCCCAGAUUGCAGCAACAAGAGGGCAAGAGCCUAG